UUAGGUGAUGAGCCUCAGAUCACUAAGGUAUCCAGACAUCUUUCCUGAAAAGCUAUCUCCUCCAUGGAACCUAAAGGAAGUAGUCUAGACGCUCUAGCCGAAUCUGCUCUUUUCACAGGGGUCUAUCAAAGGUGAAACUGUUGGAGAAUUGUUUUGGAUUAAUAUUUUUUACCCUAGAUGCCUUAAGUCCUGAGAUACCAUAGGUGCUUAGAUAACUUAGAUUAGUUCGUCAGUUCGUUAGUUACUCUUGGUUAUUAGAUACCUCACAUCCCGUAGUUCUUUAGAUACCUUAGGUCCUCAUCACCGAAGAUCCUAGGAGACAAACAAAUCAAAGAACAGGUCUGUUAUGUGUUGGCGUCCUGUCUUAAAGCUGAAAUGGUUGAGGAAGGGGCGGGGCCUCACCUGCCCGGAGGGGAGGAGUCUAAGAGUGGCCGAGGGGCGGGGCCUGAUCUGGAGGCGGGGAGAGGACGUGGUCGCCGGGACUGCAUCGUUUGCUUUGGCGCCUAUGACUUGUUACAGCGGUUACCACGACGACUCAACUGUGGUCAUACCUUCUGCCAAGCAUGCCUGAGCCGACUGGACACAGUCAUCAACGAGCAGGUGUGGCUUCCCUGCCCCCAGUGCCGUCAGAACACGCCCUCUCCGCGCGGAGGCCCCGCCCACCUGGACCUGGACCUGCACUGCUUCCUGGCACUGCGGGAUGCUCGCUCCCAGGAGAUGGGGUCAAGGGUAGGCAGUGAGAUCACAAGCAGGAUGACCUUUGAUGAGGCAGGCUUCAAAGGGGCAGGUUUGGAGGCGUGGUCUGGGGGCCCAACAGAGACACGCCUCCAUUAUCGCCUUGGCGGCGGUCUUGGGGGCGAGGCGAUUGGGCUGCCAGGAAACGUCCCCCCUCGAUGCUGCAGGUUCUUCCACUACUGCUGCUGCUGGCUGUGUUGGGGACGGAGCUAGCAUAGUGGGAGGAGUCUUCCAAUACCACGGUCUGUGUUGGGGCCAGAUCUAACAGAAUGGGAGGAGCCUGUGGAUCAAGAAAGGAAGGGCCCAAAUAAGGACAAACACGUCAAGUCAGAAUAACUGGGACAAGAUGGAGCUGAAAAGGUCGAGAGAUGUCUUUAAAAGAUAAAUAUUAAAAUGAUUUGUUGUAUAUAACAAUAAUAUAUUAGUUGUAUAUAGUGUUAUAGAUGCAAUAAUACAUCUUUAUCAGAAAUGUCAAAUUAAUAUUUCAAUCUAUUUAUCAUAUUGUAUUCUGCUCUAGUUGUAAGAGCCGUCUAUACCGAUAUCUAUUGAAUAUACAAUAUUGUACUAUUUUUUUUACAUGCUCUAUAUACAAGUUUGUUUUAAUUCAUGUCGGAUCCUAUUGGAAGGAAUAGGAAUUUUAAAGGUGCACUAUCCAACCUUUUAAAUUGCAUGUUUUGUCAGUAGAUGUCCGAAUAGGAUGUAAACAUCAUCCCCAACCCCCCAACCAUCACAUCCACUUAACCAAAGGAAAGUACCGGAGUGCAACUAUGGCCCUUUUGACGCUUCAAACCAGCAUAGUACAUUUUACAGUAGGCUAGUGAUGGGGUAGCCCAGAAAUUUCCCGAAGCGUCAAGCGAAGAAGUAGCAAAUGUAUUUUUGGAAAUUGUCUACAAUCAUAUACAGUAAUUUGUAAGAAAGUGCUUGAUUUUCCUUCUACAAAA